AUGGCCUGCCUUUCCGGGCUUGUUUCCACCACACUCGACACGACACAAGGCCUGCGUGUCGCGCAUUCUGACCUUUUGCCCGGGAAACUAUCUCUAUAUCGAGUCACGUCUUGCGGGCGAUGUCCUCACACAGCCUUAGAAGCACUACUCGUGCACAACGAACAGCUUUGGAUCGUCCACAUGGGCCACCUACUAGCUCGAGGAGUAAACGUGGUACCUCGAAGGCGCCAUAGGAAACGUCAUGCUACGGAAGCAUUCGGACACGCUCACGGGCGUCCCUCCUCUUCAAUCACGGGUGCCGCCUUCAAUUUCAGCGAAAAUCUUGCCUUUGGAGAUUGCUACAUCUCCGAUACCAGAGCAUCACCAUCGCCGUCGUCUUCAGCCGUCGUCCAUUCUAUUGACACCCGCGAAGCAGCAUUGGCCGAGAGGGAACGUAAUCUCCAACGCCUGGAGAAUCAGGCUCUCACCCAGCAAGAGAUCCUGCGCGAUACGGAGCUGGUACUUGCUGGACGUGAAGCCGAAUUGGAAGACAGGGAACGAUUUCUCGAUCAAACCUCCAUGGUUUCGGCUGGCCAAGUUCUUCUGGACCAGAUUGAGGAGCACUACACAUGCCCACUCUGCCCCUUGUGUCGUUCUCUGGCUGUCGACCCAGCCCCCGAUCCGCCCCGCCGAAACACUCUGUGCCCAUUCAUACCAAACCGUCUGGUCGACAACGUGGUCAACAAUAUGGUCGAGAAGCUUGAGGGUGUGGUUGAAAAGACAGCAGUCGAGGUCGAUAAGCAUGAUGCCGCCUACAUGCAUGAGCGGUCGAAGGCGAAAGAUGCGCCUCCCGCGUUAUCUUCUGGGCUUUCUGAGUGGGGGAAGAGCGGUCAGAAAAGAAGUGACUGGACAGAGAAGGCCGCCAUACUUCUGCUUCUUCUCGCCGAACUAAAAAUCUACCCGCAGACGUGGUCGCACGGAGAUGGCGCAUGUUGUCGGCCAUUGGGCUAG